CUGUGCGUACAAGAACAAGUAGUGUUUUGAUGCUACACGUGAGGUUUUAAUUAAAUGCUCAGCUUCACCGCACACCCACAGAGGAGACAUUCUCCUGUUUAUGUUUUCGUCCGUUACGUUGCACACCUACAAAGCUGGGCAAGCUUACAGACCGGAAGAAAUCACUGCUAUCACAUCAACACCGACGACGGUUGCUGUUUUCUGGGGUUUUCAGUUGCCCAGAGUGCGGCCCAGGCAAGAGCCCGUGACCGCCACAUCAGGCACCAUGAUGGAAGGGGGCAUGCAGCUGCUCAACCGUGAUGGCCACAGCAUCUCGCACAACUCGAAGCGCCACUACCAUGACUCCUUCGUGUCCAUGAACAGGAUGCGACAGCGCGGCCUGCUGUGUGACAUUGUGCUCCAUGUCUCCAACAAAGAAAUCAAGGCGCAUAAAGUGGUGCUGGCAUCCUGCAGCCCCUACUUCCACGCCAUGUUUACCAACGAGAUGUCAGAGAGUCGACAGACCCACGUCACCCUUCAUGACAUCGACCCUCAGGCCUUGGAGCAGCUAGUCCAGUAUGCCUACACAGCUGAGAUUGUGGUCGGGGAAGGCAACGUGCAGACGUUGCUCCCAGCUGCGAGCCUGCUGCAGCUCAACGGGGUGCGGGACGCCUGCUGUAAGUUCCUCCUCAGCCAGCUGGACCCGUCCAACUGCCUGGGCAUCCGAGGCUUCGCUGACACGCACUCCUGCAGUGACCUGCUCAAGUCGGCACACAAGUAUGUCCUGCAGCACUUUGUUGAGGUGUCCAAGACAGAAGAGUUCAUGCUACUGCCGCUGAAACAGGUCCUGGAUUUGAUCUCCAGCGACAAUCUCAACGUGCCAUCUGAAGAGGAAGUGUACCGGGCUGUGUUGAGCUGGGUGAAACAUGAUAUAGAUGGACGCAGGCAACAUGUACCUUGGCUGAUGAAGUGUGUUCGGCUGCCACUGUUGAGGCGAGACUUUCUGAUGAGCAAUGUGGAUACUGAGCUGCUGGUGCGUCAUCACUCGGAGUGUAAGGACCUGCUGAUCGAGGCUCUGAAGUACCACCUGAUGCCUGAGCAGAGGGGAGUCCUCAGCAACAGCCGAACGCGCCCGCGACGCUGUGAGGGCGCCAGCCCUGUGCUCUUCGCCGUUGGUCAGUGUGCCCCUGAAGGUGGUGGCAGCCUGUUUGCCAUCCAUGGAGACUGCGAGGCGUACGACACCAGGACAGACCGCUGGCACAUGGUGGCAUCCAUGUCCACCCGGCGGGCACGGGUGGGCGUGGCAGCCAUCGGCAACAGACUCUAUGCUGUUGGAGGGUAUGACGGCACCUCAGACCUCGCAACUGUGGAGUCCUACGACCCCAUCACUAACUCCUGGCAACCUGAGGUUUCCAUGGGAACACGGCGGAGCUGUUUGGGUGUCGCUGUCCUGCAUGGGUUGCUGUACGCUGCUGGAGGUUAUGAUGGAGCUUCCUGUCUCAACAGUGCAGAGCGUUAUGACCCUCUGACCAGUACAUGGACCUCAAUUGCUGCCAUGAGCACCCGAAGAAGAUAUGUCCGAGUCGCAACUCUGGAUGGCAGCUUGUAUGCAGUGGGAGGUUAUGACAGCUCCUCACAUCUCGCAACAGUGGAGAAAUAUGACCCUCAGAGCAACACAUGGACGGCCAUCGCCAACAUGCUGAGUCGGCGCAGCAGUGCUGGGGUGGCCGUGCUGGACGGCAUGCUGUAUGUCGCAGGAGGCAAUGACGGCACCAGCUGCCUGAACUCAGUGGAGCGCUUCAACCCCAAGACCAACACCUGGGAGGGAGUGGCCCCCAUGAACAUACGCAGGAGCACCCAUGACCUGGUGUCUAUGGACGGCUGGUUAUACGCAGUGGGGGGUAACGAUGGCAGCUCCAGUCUCAACUCCAUCGAGAAAUACAACCCGCGCAGCAACAAAUGGGUGGCAGCCUCCUGCAUGUUCACACGGCGCAGCAGUGUAGGCGUGGCAGUGCUGGAGCUGCUGAACUUCCCGCCGCCCUCCUCGCCAACCCUCUCAGUUUCCUCCACCAGCCUUUGACACGGGGUCACCGCUUGGCUGAGCUCAGCCUCCGCUGCUACAGCCCAGACUGGCUCUGGGAAGAGACGCAACUGCUCAGUUUGACACGGGGAGGAGGAGGAGGAGGACAGGAGAGGAGAGGACAGGUAAAUGGAUGGAAGGGGGAGAAGAGACAGAGGAAUGGUGAGGAUGAGGCUCCUGGUUUGGUUCAUAUACAGUCACCUCAAGAAUUAGUGGCACUCUUGGUAAAGAUUUGCCAACCAAAAUGUGCAACUUAAGUCAUGAAUUUAGCUAUUUGAUUUAAAUGUUCCACAAGUAACUACUCAUUUUUCAUGAAUAGUUGAGGGACGGCGGAUGAUUCCUGAAAGAUCCACCAUCUCAUUUUUUUUUUUAUUUUAUCACAUUGGUCAUUGGUCAAACCAAUCUGGCUGCUUUUUACCAAGUUUGCCGAUAAUUCUAGACCCCACUAUCCUGAUGCCUGAAGCUCCACUGUACAGCUCCACCAUACAGACACCAGCUCCCACUCUCUUCAUGAGUACAAAGAUAUUCCUGGAUAAAGAUGUGUGAAAACUGACCGGUCUUUCCCCAAGCCCCACUUUUUUUUCCCACCACUCCAGUGUUUGACACACUCAUCGUGAAACGUGGUGGACUCUUGAUUCUGUCAUGUGUGAUGUAAAUGUUUUUUGGUUUGAUGUUGCUGUCUUCUGCAAGGUUUUUUUUUUUUGAUGUCAGGAUUUUUUGCAAUAAUGUAUAAAACAAAAAAAAGAGAAAGUGAAUGAUUUUACUUUUGGAAUGUAGCGUUUGACUGGUUGUACCAUGCAUGUUUACGUACUGGCAUUGACUCCUAACAGGAGGAUAAAAUGUUGUAGUGCUGCUAUGCCACACUAGGUGGCAGUAACAGGCAAUGCUGUAAACCCUUCCUGCACUGCAAGAGAGCAUGGACACCAAUGACAUAGAAAAGCUAGGUCCUCAGAUCUGUACAAGAGUUUGGAACUUUUUUUUUUUUUUUUAUAAAAAACAGAGAAUAAUUAUGUUGAACUAUAGGUAUUUAUAAAAAUGAAAUAAAUUCUAAUAUAUUCUGUUUUAAAGAUGCUCAGAGAAGGAAACGGACAGACCUAUGCCUAUUUAAGAGUGUUUUUAAUAUUUAUUUAGGUGUGUGAUGUGCAUAUCGUCAAUGGAAAUGACAAAGAGAAUGUCUAAGUGUGAGACAGGUAGUUGUUCAGCUUGUGUGUGUGUUGGGAGUUUCUCCUGAGAGGACUGACUUUUGCAUUUUGAUAUGCAGCAUUUCAUUUGCAUUUCUUAACGUUUCUUCACUGCCACAAGCAUGAUCUCAUAUGACACUGUAUGUUACAUUUGUGCAAAAGGCUUCAGUUGCUUCCAAACUUAUUGACCAGUCAAUGACGGGACUCAAUAGUUUCUUUAAUCCUACUUCUCUAUUAUUUUUAAAAAGACAUGGAGGUGGAUAUAAUCCCUGGACCUGUGACAGCUUACAAUGACAUUAAAGCAGCAAGUACUAGUUUACCUUCAGUAUACCAACACUUGACACUAAUGAGUAACGUUGUUGACACUUGGUGCUGUCAUAUUCCCCUCUACACUCUAUCAAGUGUAGUGUCUUGUUAUAUUACCUCAUUGUUGAAAUGGAUCCAGCUCUUUUGCAACAAACAUGAACUAGGAACCACCGUAUGAUUAACCACACAUAUACUGGCUAUAGAACCUGUGGUGGGUAAUUUUAGGAACGUCACCACAGAACUUGCAUAGUCUAAAAUAAAUGGGUCACUUUGAGUCUUUUCAACUCAGUUGAGAGUCAAUACCUGGGUUCAGUUCAUGUGUAGCGCGGUGAUACCAUUCCAGACUUCUGAGAAGUUGCCUUUUUUUUUCCUUAUUUUGAAGGAUUUUGUUGAUUCGGUUAUGUUUAUCUAAAACUACCUUACUUUUCAUUUAUACAUUAGUGGACCCAGUAGAAUAGGGGCUGUGGUGGUCUUAUGGAGACGCUGUCGAUGUGCGUCAGGGACAGACUAGAAAAAAAGGUACAUGAAACCACAUAAGACUUUGGCCUCCAUUCUGCUGAUCAAACUGUAAAUAGAAAGAUUGCUAAAGUUAUCUUUAAUCCAUUUGUGCAAUUUCAGUGUGACUGUAACUUUUUUUAGUUUGUGUUUCAUGUGGUGACAAUUGUUUAUUUAUGUUUGUUAUUUAAGAAGAACUUUAAAAUAUUGAAUUUUGCACUAUUGCGAAAUGGAGCAAUACUACACACUGUAAAAAAAAAAAAAAAAGAAAUAAAGUGGUUUUCAGAUGUGAUAA